AGGAGGCCAAAUGUCAAAACAAAAUGAAGGGAUACAAGAAAACAAAACAAAAGGAAGGAAAGAAAUAGAGAAUGGAGUGACAGAUCAGCCCUCAGAAUUUGAAAUUUGGUCAUCCGUUAUUUCGGCCUCCUUGUGAGGAUGUGAGAAACAGAUGUAAUGCUACCCCCAUAAAACCCCCGUAAAGUCUCACUUAGCGACAGGAAUUUCAACCCCUGAAAGUGGAAUCCCCUGCAUGUAAAUUUAUGCAAAACAGCUUCCUAACUGCCAUUCUGCUUUCCCCGGAAUGUUCCCGCCUCCUUUCCCUGAUUGGCUCUCGCUGCUGCUCUAGAAUUUUUCAUUCGAUAGAAAAGACAGCUUUGGUUUUUCUCCUUUUACUCCAAGACACCCCCAAAAAUAAAAAGCCGUCCAUCGUUGGCUACAGGCUCUAUGGAGCCUCCCGGAUCCACCGCAGUCUAUCUCGGAACAGGAGCCAUCAAGGAGAACAGUUUGGGUUCCCCUUCAUCUCCCCGGAAGGAUGGAGGACAGAGAGGAAUCGGAACCCACAAUCCGAAAUGAUAAACUGACCCGUCCACUCAUUAUCUCAUUAGUGGGGUCCAGUUUGGCGUAUUUGCACUAUGGAUACAUGUUUAACCUGAUCACUCAUCCCGUUGUGUUAAGGAUGCAGAUGCUGAAUCUUCAGAAGAAAGGAAUCGAGGAAAACCCCGUGUAUUUGAAGUUCUUACUAUUACUCAUCAGUUUCUUCCCCCUCGGAGGUGUUUGUGGGGUUUAUCUCUGGGGCUGUCUGGCAGACAGAUAUGGCAGAAAAUCCGCCAUCUUAAUUAGCAACGGAAUUAGUAUUUUUUCGUCUGCCAUCUUGUGUUUUGAUAGAAUAUUCCGGCGCUUUGAAUUCAGCCUCUUUGUUCAUUUUUUUGUAGGAAUAGGAACAGGAACAUUUAGUUACUCUGUCUCUCUCUACAUCCUUGAAAUCUCUUCCUUGAAUCUGAGGGGAGCCUUGGUGACCACUUUGCUCCUCUUCCUCAGCUGGGGAUCCCUUCUGGUCCAAACCUUAAUCAGUCCCCAGAUCUGGGGAAAUGAAGAAAAUUUUUCAUUAUUAGUGGGCGUUAUAGCCAUAUUUGCUAUAAUUAGUAGUAUAUUGUUGGUGCCUUCUCCGGAAAGUCCGAGGUUUCUGUACUUGCAGAGGAACGACGAAGAGAAAGCAAGGCAAGUCUUGAAGAAGCUGAGAGGGGAAGAAGACGUAGAGGAGGAGAUGGAGGAACUUUGUCAGGAACAUCUUGCCGAAAGCAGCCAGAAAAACAUGACAGUGUGGAAACUUCUUCGCUUCCGCAGCCUCCGAUGGCAUGUCAUCACCGUCGUGGUCUUACUCACCGGAAGUCGAUUUAUGCAAACAAACGCGAUUUUAAUUUUUGCCCAGCAAAGCUAUAAAACUUUAGGAAUGUCUGCCAAAUCUAUACGGCUCCUUCCAUUAGCAGGAAACGUGAUCGUCCAGCUUAUGCUUCUGACAACCAUCUGCAUCGUCGAGUCCUUGGGGAGGAGAUUUCUCCUUUUGAGUGGCUUCUUGAUGUGUAGCAUUUCAAAUAUUGCCCUAGUCUUCACUUUUCAGGUCAACAGCCCCUCGCUGGCCUUCAUCAGCAUUGUUUUGAUUAUCUUCUUCUUUGUGGGCUACGUAAUGGGACCAGCUUCCAUUAUUCCCGUGAUUAUUGGUGAAUUGUUCCUCCAGUCAUCCCGAGCGUCCGCGUAUGUGAUUGUAGGAUUUUUCGGUUGGGGAAUCAAUUUUUUGUCAGCUUUGCUGUUCCUUCUGACUAAGUCCUACCUUGAGUCCUACUACUUGCUCCUUUACUGGCCUUUUAUGAUCCUCGUCUUUAUUUACAUUUUCUGGGUAGUCCCAGAAACCUGCGGCAACACAUUUCAAGAAAUCCAGGAGAGCAUGGCGGCCUGCACCUCCAGAAAUGCCAGAAAAAUAACGGCUGAAUAGAAACAGGAAAUCUCAUUCUUCCCCCUGUUUUCAAAAUUGAUCUGGAAUUAAACAAAUAUAGUGAAACAGAA